AUGAACAAGGAUAAGAUAUUUAAAUUGGCAAAGGGAUUCAAGGGGAGGGCUAAGAACUGCAUCAAGAUUGCUCGGGAGAGGGUGGAGAAGGCGCUACAGUACUCCUAUAGAGAUCGUCACAACAAGAAGAGAGACAUGCGGUCCCUCUGGAUCGAGCGCAUCAAUGCUGGCACACGGCUGCAUGGGGUGAAUUGUGGUAAUUUUAUGCAUGGGUUGAUGAAGGAGAAUAUACAACUGAACAGGGAAGUACUGUCAGAGCUGUCAGUCCAUGAGCCUUAUAGCUUCAAGACCGUUGUUGACAUUUCACGCAAUGCAUUUCCAGGAAACAAGCUCCCUGUUAAGCAUGGUUCAUCAAUUGCUGUAUGUCUUGCUUGCUAUUUUGUUCAGCUGAACAUCUGUACACGUGCUUUCUACAAACAUGAAUGGAACUGAGAAUAAG